AUGACAUCCCAGGAGCAAUUGUGCGCCAGAACGCCACUCCAUCCACAGAGAAGGAGGACUCCGUCUUUUUCCUCCUCCCUCCUCGACGCCAUCUACCGCUCCAUCGACAAUGAAGGCGGCGAGGGAGGAAACUCGGACUCUGCUGCUGCUGCUGACACUUAUCCCGUUGUUGAGAAGCAGAGUGGCGGCUCUGUUUUCCACUCUGUUUCAGGGGAGGUGGAGUAUAAAGAACCGCUGUCCUCGUCGUCGUCGACAAGUCUCCGCCGGGCGAUUAUGGUGGAGGCGUGGAUGGAAGAGAAGCAGAGUACUCCCUCCACUUCGAAAUCAAGCUCCUCUCUGGAAACAGAGUCUUGCUCCACCGUGAGAUCCUCUGCCUCUUCCUCUUCCUGCACUCCUCUCAGGACCAAGGUGUUUGACAGGGCGGAAAGGAAGAAGAAGAAGGUCAGUAAGAAGAAGGCGGAGACUACUAGUGGUGACCCGAGUUACGAGGAAGAAGAAGAAGCAGGGUUCACUAGGACAACCAAGCUCAGAGCUCUGAAAUUCUACAGCGAGCUGAAGAAAGUGAAGCAACCCAUUUCCCCUGGAGGCAGAAUCGCCAGCUUCCUCAACUCGAUUUUCAGCCCCGGCGGUGGAGGAGGAGCUGCGAAGAAGGUGAAGAUGUGCUCGGUCAGUGCCGCCAUGGAAGGCGUCACUAAAUCUUCUACCAAUUCAAAUUCUUCAUCCUCUGCCUCCAAAUCCUGCUUCAGCAGCAAAACCCCGCCGCCGCCGCCGCUGAAUGCGAUCAGAUCCCUGAACCCCAGCACGAAGAAAAGAUCGGUCAGGUUCUACCCGUUCACCGUGAUUGUCGACGAAGAUUCGAGGCCUUGCGGGCACAAGUCGAUCUACGACCAGGAAGAUCCCGGGCUGAUGCCGUCGUCCAAGAUCCUCAAAAGAAUGGCGUCGUUGAAGGGUGGGAAGAUCUGCAAUGGGGAUAGCGAUCAUGGGUAUUACGGCAGAAGGAGUUUUCAGAAGAAGAAGAACAAGUUUGCCGCCGCCAGUACGUUCGAUUACAGAGACUACAUGGAUGAGGAAGAAGAUAGUGACGGGGAAGGGAGUUGCUCAAGCUCGGAUCUUUUCGAGCUGGAUCAUCUCAGUGGGGUUCGGAGGUACAGCGAGGAGCUUCCGGUUUAUGAAACUACCAGCUUCCAAAGGAAUCGAGUCAUCGCUAAUGGCUUCAUUCGUUAG